AUGGCCACAUCGGGGGAUGCUGCGUGCUGUUCAUCCCCACGCGGGAGCCCUGUGGCUAUGGCCAGGCUGGUCCUCACAGAUGGGACUAAACGACUCAGCAAGGAAGUCACCGAGUGCGCAAAUUGCAAGUCAUACCUGUACCAGGGUGAGGAGACACUAAGAAGGCAAGUGAAGCUCGAGAAGAUCGGUCCCCAUGACUACAGACUGCCCAGACUGCCGGAGACCACGCCGAUUGGACUCCAGAUCAGCCGUGCUUGCGACCAACUGUACCACUUCCUGGUCACACCGGGAUCAGGCAAUGCAGAUGCACUGUUGCAGCACUGGCAGAAGAUGGCCCGUGAGCCGAACGCUUCUGCCCUGCUGAAGCAGAGUAUCUUCGCUCUUUUGGAGCCUGAAGACAUCAAAGAGUUCCUGCUCUCUCCGGAUAACAGGCUGUGGCACACAAUCCUUGACAGGACUGAACGCUUCUUGCAACUUCUAGAGGCGGAGGGGGAGCCAGUCCUGUGGUCAGCCGACGAAAUGACUCCGGCGGCAAGGAAUACCCAUCUCGAGUGCUUCAAGCCAGUAGUCAUGGACCACAGCAUCCGCGAGCCUGCCACAAACACCCCCUUCGGGCACAGCGGCUACAUGAAGUACUUGACUCUGAAGAUCGUCCAGGCCAUGGGUAUGAAGGACAUCGCAAUUGCGGGGCUCUACUACAAGGAUUCCUACACUCCUGAGACGCAGAUUCUCGAAGAGCUUCACGACCGGAAAGAGCCAAUGGACGGACUCAUCGCCAUGUUCGGUCCCGGCGAAGAAGAUCGCGUGGCGGGCCUCGAGGCCAUCAAGCGCUUCAAAGUUCCCAACGCCUUCCUGGACCUCACACUUAAGGCCAGCGUCAGAUUCCAGCAGUCGGACUUUGUGCAAUCAGUUCUCGACGCUGUGCGGGAGCUCGAUGAGAUCUUCACUGUGAACUUCGGCUCAAACCCCUACCGCACAGCAGAGGACAAAGGAAUGGGCGAGGUCUCCGUUAACCUGGUCGAUCUGAUGGAGUUCCUUGAGCUGCGAACGGAUGGGAGCAUGGAGGCUUCAAAGCAGCAGCAGGCGGAGAGCGCCUUUGCUGUCUGGAGGCAAGAUCCGACGUUUCGCCGCAGAGUUGUCGCCAUCCUCACAGAAGAGGGGCGCGGCUGCGCCAACCAUCUGGACUAUGCGUACUUGGUCAGGUGGCUGAGGCGACACUUCCCCGACACCCGCAUCCUGGUUCAUGCUCAUGCAGGCCGGGGCAACACCCAAGAUGCUGCUAGUGUGGAGGCUGUCUUGAAUGGCGGCAAUGGUGUCUGGGCGGCCGUGAUACCGCAAGCUGCGCAGGGCGGUCAUAACUCGUCCGUGGUUUUCCUGGACAACCUUUUGGCCUUGGGAUGCCGUCAAGUUCUGAAUGACUUUUGGCUGCACCAGGCAGCACAGUGCGCCCGGCAUAUCUACUUCUUGAAUUUCAAUACCUUCCGUGUGCCGGACGACUGCCCGAUCUGGGGCAGGCGCGUCAACCAGUUGCUCCAUACUGCUUUCUCGACUGUUUCAGGGGAAGAAUGGAGGCGAAGACGAACUGAUUACUACAACGUGUGGAGCAAGCGUGCGCAGGUUGAGUUUGAAGAGUAUGCCAAGUUGCCUGAACAAAGCUGCGUGAGUGAAACCCGCGCGCGGAACGAAAGCUUUGGCAACUAUCGAAUCUCCCCGCUGGUGUCAGACGUGGAGACAUGGCGACACCGCAUUGCAGAGCUUCGCGUUUUGGGAGGCAAGGAAAGGGUUGGCGACUACGUUAACGAGCUUCGCAAUCUCGCCUUUGCCCUGAUGAACGCCAACAUCCGAGCAAACUUUGAUGAGUGCGUCACCCUUCAGCGGCUGGCAGACGUGGUUCGACGGGCUAGGCGGCGGAAUCCUGCGGGCAACAUUCAUGGUUUUGAGAAAGCCCGGCAGCACCAGGGCGAUACAGAGUGA